AUGGCGAUCGCAGCCUUUGUUCGCGCGGCAGUGACCAUCUCCUUCGCCGGCGCCCUCUCGAUUUCCGAGAAAGUCGACGGGGGCAAGUCGAAGUGGCCGAUGGAGACCGACUUGCCGCGCACGGUGUUGGCAUCCAAUAACUCGGAGUUCUCUGGUUGUGGCAAGAACAUUUCUGGAUAUUUCUUGAUCGAGAGCUUGAUGUGGGAGAGCACUUGGCUGGCCAAGGUCUCGAGCACGGCCAGCUGCGCGAACGCCUGCGACAAGAACGAAGACUGCGUCGGCUUCAGUUCCCGCAAGCCCACUGGCGGCAAGCCGCUGCAGUGCCAUUUGUACAGGGGCCUCCACAAGAAGCUGCACAGGGGCAACUCCUUCGUCAGGUGCAUGAAGGGCUUCGAGUGCCAGAAGGGCCUCGGCGGGUUCAAGUUCUCCCACGCGGGGACCUGGAGGGACGGCAAGAUGAUCGAGGCGCUCGCGGACGAGCCCAUCGAGCAAUGUGCCGUUGCGUGCAAGAGGAACAGGGCCUGCGUCGGCUUCACGCACUACGUGGGGACGGACGACGACUCGUACUGCUUCCACUUCGAGAACGAGGACAACAAGGAGGGGCCCAAGCGCGACAUGCGCACAGUCACGUACUCCAAGUGUACCCACGAGCAGGAGCCGAUCCCCCACGAGAGCAUGGUCCUCCUCCGGCAGCUGGCCUCGAAGAAGGACGACGCGAAUCAAUCUUCUUCGUUGCUGGAGCAGCAGGGCGAGGCCCCAGUAGCGGCAUCGAUGCUGGAGCAGCAGAGCGAGGUCGUCGACGGCGAGGCGACCGGGGCAGUGGAUGAGGAGAUCUGA